AUGAAAGACGUUACAAACGACAUUAUCUCCGUACUGCCUGUACGCGCAACUCCUAGCAUACAACAGGACAGUGACAACGACGUGGUCGAAGAAACUGGUGUCAAUAGAUCUUACGUAGGCAUUAACUUUGAGCCACCCCUCCCUGUCAUUCCUGUGACAACAGCAAACGAAGAGACGAUUACGGCAGACUGCCCCAGAAUUUUUAAAACAAACGACGAAAUAUCGCAGCUGAAUUUCGAAAAUUUAGAGAAGGUUGCUUCCCAAAUGUGGGGGAAUCGUGUUGACGUACCAAUGGAUUGGGUUGAUAAAGAUCAGUUUACCGGAAAAGGCACACCGAGUGCCAUCAUGAAUCCUCAAUAUUCCGUAACAUGGGACCAAAAUAGCAUGGACAAUGAUGAUAGCGAAGAAGGCUCAGAUACAUGGCAUGAUAACGGUCAUAAUCGUUCUCACAGACACUUGCCGUUCAGACAAAAUACAUAUCCGUCUGGCGAACGAACUUCUUUUAACAACAAUCACAACAGAAAUUACGGUAGGCAGCCGUACGGACAAUCUCGAAUGAACUAUAACGAAAACAAUCAGCAUCGUCGAAGAAUGAAUUCAUAUCCACGAGACGUGCAGCAGACAAGAAGACAAAGGGACAGAGCAUUUGGGGAGAACAACAGGUCUCCUUCACGUCAAUCAGGAAAUCAACAUUCCGUCAGAUGGAAUCGUCAAGACAAUCGACCAUUCACUGGACGACUGCGUGUCUUUGGCGAAUUAUAUAUACCACAGCCCAUGAACGAUGAAAAUUUCGGACGUUCAUCGCGACUCCAAUCAAGUGUACGCGUUUAUACAGAUGUGACGCCGAGAUGCGAAAAUGAUUUACUUUGGCGCGAUGUCGGUGAUCCUAUUAUACAUGAUACUGAAGAAAGUGUUAUACAAGAUAUCAGACGUAGGAUGGGUGAAGAACGUGAUGCAAUCAGAAAUCCCGGUUCCAGAAAACAAAAAUCAGCACAGUACCACAACGGAAAAUCAAAAGAAACUGCUCUGACCAAUCUACGCACUCUUCAUCGCAGAGAACCCCAUGAUUGGCUUUAUGCACUGCAUAACCAAAGAAUUAAUUUAUUCUCAUCUCAAUCCCUUUCGACGUUUUCCCAUCAAUCAAUGGAGUUGGCGAUAGAAAUGCUUGCUUCACCACAUGUGUCGAAUGCGAAUGGAAGGUUUCGUGACAUUGUUGUAAUAUUAACAAACCAGCCGCCGUUUUUUGUUAAAACUAUUAGAUACUUGUUGGAACACGUUCGGUCGUUCGAAUUAUUUAUGCCAAUGUUACGUCUUUUUGAUGCUAUUUGUCAACUAAUACCAAAGUAUUCCACAGUCAUACCGGUAACAGAGAUGGAAAUGAUUCUAAAGAGAGCAAAUUGGUCGAUAAGUGACGAAGAGUGGCACGAGAUUUCGGCAUUUUUUUCCAGGAUUGACAGUCUUCAGAGGACAGUUUACCAACCAGCCGAUCAGAGUUUACGUAUAGAAGAUGACAAACGCAGGACUGCCAACAAUGAAUCGUAUACUGCGCGUAUUAAAAAACCCAUUGUACCCGAUGUUGCAGAGCUCUUCGAUGUCGCUGCUCUUUGCAACAAGGAUAAUGUUUUUCGCGCCAACCUUUUUCGAAGCCUGGAACCUAGAAAGUUUAUCGCUUACAAGGAUACUUAUUAUUCUCUACUUUGCAAAGAGCUACUUGAACCACUCCAAAAAUCACUUUUAACAUGGAUCAAUUAUGAGAUACGUGCAUCCCUUCUGCCAAGUUCUUCCACAUUAUCGGAGCAUGUCUUUUAUGAUAAUGUGCGAGUUGUCAAUACUUACAUGGAGCGAUCAUAUCAACCGUUGGUGCGCGUGGCUUUUAAACCAUGUCGUCUUAUUGACUGGGAUCUCGGGCAGCAUCUCAUUUAUGGUACAUUUGUUAUUUUAUUUAAAGUCUCAUCUCUUGAUGAUGGGAAUGAUGAAUAUCUGGAAAUAGAUCCAUCCAGUCUGAUAUGGGCUGUCGUUAAGGACUUUGAUAUUAGUGAUUUAAAAAAUGCAAACAACGUUGAAAGCUUUGUCGGAUUAGGUUUUGAACCCAAGGAAUUCGACAAACUCGACAGCCAGAGUACGUACAUAAUGGCUGAAUCUACUGUACAUUAUCCUACCAUUAAUUCCUUAUUAGAUUGGUUGAAAUCUCCCGAAUGUUCCCUUGAGAACAAACCCAUGAUAGCGAAACUGUUUGGGAUGGAAACGGACAAUGGACCACCCUCAUAUCUUUAUAAGAGGAAGUUGGAUUUUUCUUCUAUUAUGAGACAUGAACAGCGCAACACGGUUUUCUCAGCAACCUCACAAUGGCCCGGCCUCGAUUAUGGCACAGAGGAGACAAUAUUCAGAUACGAUAGCUCUUUUGUUAGUGCUUUAAAAUCUGUAUUGAAUCAUCGAAUUUCGAUGGUUGUAGCUCCGAUUGGUACGUCUCGCUCGACUUUUGCAGCUCGUGCGAUUAACAUUAUGUCUCAAGCCCUUAAGCAUAAUAAUUAUCAUGAACCAAUAUUACUUAUAACCAGGACUACGCAUAGCCUCGAUAAUAUUCUAACUGAAUUAAGAGAAUUGGGUCAGGAUUUUAUUCGGCUUGCUUCAAUCGAUGAUUGCACUGAUGACGAAUUGAAGAAACGACAAAUAAAUAAGUUGGCAAAGGAAUUUCAUGGUCAACAUAGAGCUGAACUGCGAAACUUGAAAGCCGAACUUGAAGAAUUAAGAAAGGCUUUCAGGGUGUACUGGAGAGAUAGAACAUUUGCCCUAUCUGAUGAAGGAUUUAUCAAGCUUGCUCCAGCGUUUGUCAAUGAUCAAUUUGCCGACGCACCAAAGGGGCUUAUUAAAGAGUGGCUCUCUGGAAAACCACAGGCCGAAGCUCGUAGAAACGCCAACAACGUUCAUAAGCAAGUUCCUAAUGUUAGCACGAAGAGUGACACGGACACAAGAGAUUCAAAAUGCAACCCCGAUAAGCCUAAGCUUGGUGCUCGUCACAAGACAAUUCACAUUCCAAGUGUGAAGUGGACAAUGGAUCAUUAUUCUUUGACGGGUCUUGAACGUAAAGGAUUAUCACAACUUUAUAAUUCCAACAAUUAUGACUUUGACUCGGUGACACUGGAAUUUGUAAACGCGGAAAGACUUUUAGCAGAAUUAGACGAAGAAGAUACUUUACAUGUCAAGAGUUGGCAUAAAGAAAAUUUACUACCCCAGAAUUAUAAACCGGAACUGCCUCAAAGUCUUUAUAAAAGCAUAUCUGACAUUUGGAGUACUCAUAGACGACGUGUUUGGGCAUUAGAUUACUUUCAGCGUCAAAAAAUUUGGGAAUGUUAUCAAGGCGCGAUUGAGCAACACUUUGAAGAUUUGAUCAAACGCCUUCAUGAAAGAGCAUAUAAUGCGUACAAACAAUUGGAGAGCCAUAGAGCAGGAAGGUGGGCCGAAGUAAGCAGAUUUGCUAAUGUGGUAGGAAUGACAGUUACCUAUGCCACAUCUAGCCGUAAACUUAUAGAGAUGCUUUCUCCUCGUAUCUGUGUAGUUGACGAAGCUUCCGAGAUACCUGAGAUCCAGUUAAUGUCUUGUCUCACGAGUAAUAACUUGGAACAAUUGCUGCUUGUUGGGGAUAGUCAUCACCAUCACAAGCCUCAGAUAAAAAGUGUAAUUGCAAAAGAGCUCGGUUUAGGUAGGACGCUCUUUGAAAGACAUAUCAAAGAUGUUGCCCAAAAAGUUCUAUUAGAACAAACACAGAUACAUGCUGAAAUAUAUCAAUUGGUUAGCGGAUUGUAUCGUGAACGAAUAGAGAGUCCUCGACACCGAACAUCCUUCCGAGGAAUAGGUGAGCUCGCUGAUAGACUUUGUUUUGUCUCUCACGACAACAUACACUAUGGAUCGGCAAAUAUUUCUGCUAAUUGUAACGAGUUUGAGGCAAAAUUCGUUGCUCGGUUUGCAAAGUAUCUAUGUCAACAAGGAUAUCAAUCACAAAACAUCACUAUCCUGACACCAUACGUCAGUCAAAAGAGACUAAUCAGCAAAAUGGUAGGCCAAUACUUUAUGGACGCAGGCCAGGGCAAGACAGACAAGAGCAACUUUGUUCAAGUCCAGUGCAUUGAUGAAUUUCGCAGCCAGUACAAUGAUAUUAUUAUUAUAUCUUUGGUGGCCGUUGAUGUCGAAUAUCAAAAUGAGGCGUUGAAAUAUAUUGGCAUGGAGAGUCGAGCUCACUUUGCAUUAUCGCGCGCUAGACAUGGAUUGUUCAUAUUUGGGAAUGAAAAAAUGAUGACAACAAGCAAAGUAUGGGAGAACGUUUUGCAUAAAUUAAAGCGCAAAAAUCGGGUUAGCGAUUGUAUAAAGACCUCAUGCAAACGACAUAAAGAUUUAAAUUUGUAUAUGAAAUGUGCCGAAGAUUUUGAUGAUUACGCACCAGACGGUGGAUGUUCGACUCCCUGCGAAAUCUGUCUCCUUUGUGGGCACGCAUGUCCGCGUAAAUGUCAUCCUGAGGCCCACAAGGACGAACAAUGGAUCUGUACCCGUAAGUGUUCUCGCCGACGUCCUGAAGGCUGCACUCAUCAAUGUCCUCACAAAUGUUAUGAAUGUCAGCAAGAGGGAUGCCCACCAUGUAUGGAAGAGAUUCAAACAGAAUUGAGCUGUGGGCAUUUAUGUAGCGUCAAAUGUGGGGAUAUAAGCGGAAACCAUUCCUCCUGGGAGUGUCAGCAAAUGAAUGUCCACAGACAAUCUUUGCUGAAUCUCUUGGAUGCGGGCAUAUUACCGAAAUUCAAUGUGGCAAAACUCCUGUUUGUAGCAAACAAUGUGAACGUCGACUUCCUUGUGGGCAUGUGUGCCGUAAACGAUGUGGGACCGAGCAUGGGCAUGACAGACAGGACUGUGAUGCGCCUUGUGCGAAAAAGCUUAUCUGCGGACACCACUGUGAAAAUGGAUGUAAAGUACCUGAUAUGCACACUUCGAUAUGCCUGCGAGACUGUAGAAAUCGGUGCAUGCAUGGCAGGAGAGCUUGGAGAUUUUAGUGAAGACGAACGUGUAUAUGUAUUGCCUGAAUGUGGUUGUGUAUUCUCGGUGGAGGCUCUCGACCUGUACUUCCAGAAUCCUGCCAAGACCGAGAAUCACGUCGCUAUUAAACUGUGGGAAUGUCCCAAAUGCCAGGCUCCGAUAUUUACCGCGUCUCGAUAUAAUCAAUAUAUCAAAAGCGAAAUACAACUUUGGAAUCAGAUAAAGACCCAACACUGUAAAAGGUUUACUCAGCUGACAGAUGAAGAACGGCAGCAAGUGAUUGAAGCAAUGAAUUCCGAGAGCUCAACUGGGGAGUUUGGUAUGGUUGGCGGGCGUUGGUUUGUAUGUCCGAAGCAACACCCUUACUAUAUAGGUGAUUGCGGUGGGGCCACUCAGAUUUCCAAAUGUCCAGAGUGCGGCGCUGUCAUAGGAGGUGUCAAUCAUAAAGUAGUAGAGAGUAAUAGAUUUUAUGGUGAAUUUGACGGAUCGACACGACCAGCUUGGCCUGGACAAGAUUAA